GCCUAGCGGUUUCAGACAUUGGAUGCCUAGCAACAUUGAUCUGGACAAACAUCUGUUUUACCCCAGCGUUCAUUGAGGCAGACCUACCGUUUGACACAAUAGAAGUCACUUACCUGACCAGUGGUAUACCCCAUGUGACGUUUACCCGAGUCACGGGUUGGAUCACUGCCCUGAUCACUCUUGAACGAUGCCUGUGUAUAACAGCUCCAUUAAAG